AUGCAGCACCAGCCCCUGACGCCCUUCUACCCCAUCUUCCCCGUCAAGUCCGACGGCCACGAUGUCGUCAACCAGAAGGGGCGCGUCGUGCGCAACGGGCCGACCCAGGAGCAGCUCGACCGCACCCCGAAUGAGCAGGGCCAGUGCGACUUCUACCGCCUGAUUGAAAAGGACGACCCCAAGCACACGGACUGGCGCAAGAAGCUGGGCGGCAUGCUGCUGCGCGAGAUUGGUGCCAAGGAGCAUGAAGGUAAGAACUUACGACGAGAGACAGUGCAGGUCCAGAGUGAGGAUGAUGACAUGGACAGUACUAAUGCAGAUUGUUCAGAUAAAUGGCAGCAGUGCAUCCUCUGGGACUUUCCCGAAAACUACAAGCUCUACGAGCACAUCAAGACAAAGGCCGACGGCCAGGCCAAGCUCGUCAAGAACCACUCGGGCGGCGGCCACGACCGUCAGGAUGCAUACCUGUAUGGCUACCCCAAGGGCCCGCGCAAGCGCUACCGCAGCCCGGCCGACUUCUUCCCCCACCUGCUCUGGCUGUGCACCGACGAGACGAGCGACUACCAGAACUGCACCUGCAAGAUGUGCUCGCCCGUCCAGCUCGAUGCCGAGAAGCCCGCCGUCGCCCCGCCCGCUGUCACCGCUCCGUCUGCGACGCUGCCUCCCCAGCACACGGUUGUCGGCCGCAAUCCAGUCGUCCAGAUACCCGCCCGUCGACCCUCGACCGCCGCGCCCGUCCAGCUGCCGUCCGCUGUGAAGCCACCCACGCCCGCCCCCGCCCCCAGUGCGCCACAGAUCCGACCACCCACCACACUCCAGUCGACGCCCCUGCCACAGCCCCGGUCCGCCGAGCAGCAGGUCGACCACCAGUACAAUAAGUUCCUCUGCCGCACGGGCGAGGUCGUGUGGUUCUACCGCCCCAAGACAUCAGCCUGGGGCCUGGGGCUCGUCGUGCGCCGCUGGGCCGUCAAAGACGACAAAUCCUACCUCGUCCAGCCGCUCUCCCACCCCUUCGACUCCCCCGCCCAGGAGCUCGUCACCUCCGACCAGCACCUCAAGCCCUGGCUCGCGUGGUCCGCACCCUCAGGCACCUUCGCCUACCUCCAGCAGAACCCCAACCUCACCUACGCGCAGGUCGACUGGCGCGCCCUGCUCUCCGGCCAAUUCGGCCAAGGCAUCGCCGACGUCGACGCAAGCAUCAUGGCCGCCAAAGCCAUUGACUCGACCUACACGCUCGCCGAGCGCCUCAAAACCACGUCCACAAACGGCAUGGAAGAGCGCCACUACAACGCCAUCUACCUGGGCGCCGAAAAGAUCUGGCGCGGCGAAGCCGUCCGUCUGCGUAUCGGCAGCGGCACAGACCUAAUGGUCAUCGCAGACAUCAUCGAGCGCCUCGUCCCAGGCCUCCUCGGCAAACAACCCUCCUCGCAAGUCUACGUCCUAGGCGACAUCUACAGCUUCUCCACGCUGCCCGCCCCGGACCCAAAUAACCCCCCGGACCCCCCGCAGCAAAAUGCAAAUAUCCCCUCCCGCAUGCGCGAAGACAUGGCCUGGCGAAACCGCGCCCUCAUCCCCAUGUCCCGCACCGCAGCAUACUGGCGCCUCAUCUCCCCGCUCGCCCGCCUACCUAUCGAAGAAAUCAAGGGGAGAUGGUACGAGACGAGCAUUGUGUUUCAGGACUCGUUUACCAAGGCGAUCAAGAAUAAUGAGGGCGGGAAUGGCAUUUGGAUGAAUUCUAGGGGCGAUGCGACGGGGGUGGGGAAGAGUAGGGGGGUUGCCAAAAGUGAUAGGGUGGGUGCGUUUGGGGCCAGUGUGCCGAAGGGGUGUAGGCUUGUGGAGGGGCUGGAGGGGGUGGUUGAGCAGCGUCAGAGUCAGAGUCAGAGUGCGCAGGGGGAGAUGCAGGGCUUGGAGUAUGCGCCGGCGGGGGGGCAGGAGAGCUUUGAUUUGGAUGAUUUUAUGCAUGUGGAGAGCUUGGAGGAUGGGGGGAUGGACUUUGGGCAGGGGUUUGCGUUUUGA